GGCUGGCAAGAUGAACCACGAAAUGCUGGGAAGUAUCGUCCUGCUCGCCAUAGUCACCUUGAUAAGCGUUGUCCAGAAUGCUUUCUUUGCUAGCAAAGUGGAGCACGAAAGCAAGCACUGCAACGGCAAAGGCUUCCAGCGGCCGGCAUCCUCCGCCUUCGACCGCGUCUACACUGCCAACCAGAACUGUGGACAUACCUACCCCACGUUUCUCGCCGUGCUGUGGUGUGCUGGGCUGCUUUGUAGCCAAGCGCCUGCCGCCUUUGCGGGGCUGAUGUACCUGUUUGUGAGGCAGAAGUACUUUGUGGGCUACCUCGGCGAAAGGACCCAGAGCACUCCUGGACACUUAUUUGGGAAGCGCAUCCUUUUGUUCCUGUUCCUCAUGUCUGUGGCUGGAAUACUCAACUACUAUCUCAUCUUCUUUUUUGGCAGUGACUUUGAAAUGCACAUAAAAACGAUCACCAGUGCAAUCUCUCCACUGCUGCUCAUUCCCUAACUUUUCAUUGCAAUGAGGGGGUCAGCAUGCUUAAUAUAUUGAUGCCCAGGAGCAGCCAUAAUUCAACUGUUUAAGAAAUGAACCUGUAACCCUUUUAGAUUGCUGUAAAUCUAACGCUCAGUGGGCUUUGUAGUUUGAUGUAACCUUGCUUUUUCCUUCAAGAAAAAGAUUUAUUGUGAGCACUCAGCAUGCCCAAGGAAUGGUAACAACUUCCAGUUAAUUCUUUAGAUUCUUUCUGCAAAUUGCACUUUUAAAGCUGAUUUCAUGACUGUGAGGAAUAUUUUACGCUUUCAGGGUAACUGUGCUGUACUUAGCUCUUGUCAUGAAAACCAGGAGCCUCACAGUCUCACUUGUGUGCAGCCAUCCUGACAGAUGUGCAGCUGCAGCUGCAUUCUGCAGUU